GUUACUAGGCAGCGGGUUGCUAGGCCCAAGCCUGAGGUUGGGCCUGCAGCUGCUCCGUGUGUUCACUCGGACCGGUGGUGGUUGUAGCUGGUCUGUCGGACUGGGUCCAUGAUUGCACUCUGCCGGUUGUGCUCCCGCUGGAAGGUGCCGGGUGCAGGAGCUCCUGGAAUAUCACAAUUCUCUUUCAAUGGACUUGUAUGGACAUCAGGCUUUCCUCUUUCAUCGCAUUUACCUGGACUGUUCAGGAUUUUGCAAAAAUUAUGCUAUAACCAGACCAUUACCAUAUAUAAAAGGUUUUUUGCUGUCUCCGCAAAUCUGAACUGCAAGGAGGACAAAGAAAGUAACCAGCUUCACCUUCAAAAUAAAGAACAGAGUAAUAAGGAUGAUGGUCGCAGUCAGGAAAAUGACAACUUUACCCCAAUCCCUCCGACCUGGUGCUGUAUGAAAGGGUGCCACAACUGUGUAUGGAUUUCGUAUGCAGAGGAAAUGAGACAGUACUAUCAGAAUGGAAGUCAAAAAGCCCUCGAGGAUAUUGAUAAAUAUGUUGAUGAUGAGAAUCUUAAAGCAUUUAUUAAAAUGGAAAUAAAAUUAAGGCAAAAGAAAUAAUAUUUGAG